GGAGUCCCAACAGCCCUCGAUUCAAUCUCUCGUCAAUACGAUCAAGAGACAGGCACUCCUCCAUGACAAGGGCUCGCACUCGUUCCUUUCGUCUUCACCAUACGACACAGCAUGGUUGGCGAUGAUUCCCGAUCCUCGCCGACACGAUGAUCCCAUGUUUGAGGGAUGUCUGAAUUGGGUGCUCCACGAUCAGAAUGAAGAAGGGUUUUGGGGAGAUUAUGAUAACAACGGGCAUGAAAUGUCCGACGGAGUGGAGUGCCUUGCUUCAACCCUUGUUUGCAUGGUCGCGCUCAAAAAGUGGCAUGUUGGUUCCGCUUUGAUAGAGAAAGGAUUAAAUUUCAUCCAUGAAAAUGCGGAGUUGCUUCUUACAAGAAACAAGGAUGGAAAGUUUCCUCGUCGGGUCGCUAUCGUCUUGCCUGGAAUGGUUGAUUUGGCACGUGCUGCUGGUUUGGAGAUCGUAUUCCCCAAGAGCACAGAACGUGCCAUUGCUGAUUUAUUCAGCGAUCGACAACGGGUUCUCGACAGGGAAGAACUUGCGGACCAGAACCAAUAUUACCCGUUGUUAUCGUAUCUUGAGGCAUUGCCUCCGACAUACAAAGUCGGCCAUGAAAGCAUAUUGAAGCAUCUGGACGGCGACGGCUCUUUGUUUCAAUCACCCUCUGCAACAUCGGGUGCUUACCUGGCCACCGGGAACGAAGAAUGCUUGGCUUAUCUUCAAUCUCUUGCUUCAAAUUGUGCUUCUAAUGGCGCAGUUCCAUCUCUCUAUCUCGUGGAUGAAGAGCUUCCAAAACUCUCCAUGGUUCAUCAACUGGUGAGAUUGGGGUUGACCGAGUACUUUGACCGGGAGAAGGAUGAAAUUUUGGCACAAAUCUAUCGGAACUACAAGCAUGAAAAACCUAUCGCGAAAUCAAUUCAUUUGAUCGCCGCCGAGCUAUACAAAGAUUGCUUGGAAUUCUGGCUUUUGCGCAUGCAUGGUUAUAGUGUAUCACCAUCAAGCAUUUGUUGGUUCCUAGAUCGUGAAGAAGUCCGAGAUCGCGUCGAAAAGCAUUAUGAACACUUCUCGAGCGUGCUUCUCUACGUUUAUAGAGCCAGCAAUCUUAUGCUGCCUGGUGAACGUCAACUCGAGGAAGCGAGAGCUUUCUCGAAGAAGUUUCUCGAGAAAAUCGCUUUCGGAGGAACGAGAGAUGAAAGCAUCGUCUCGUCGAGUCAUCGCAGAAUGAUUGAGCACGAACUGGGUCUUCCGUGGAUGGCUCGCCUAGACCACCUGGAACAUAGGACGUGGUUGGAGGAAAGAGAUGCUUGUGUACUAUGGAUGGGAAAAUUUUCUUGCCAUAGGUCAUCUUUGAUUCAUAAUCAAGAUAUAGUGCAACUUGCUCUGCAGAACUUUGUAUUGAGACAAUCUGUUUACAGGAUGGAACUUGAUGUAGUCAAAAGGUGGUCGGGAGCAACCGGACUUAGCAAGAUGGGGUUCGGUCGAGAGAAGACAACGUACGCUUAUUUCGCUGUCGCCGCUUCAGUUUAUCUGCCUUGCAACUCCGAUGUGCGAGUGCUGGUCGCCAAGAGCGCGAUCAUACUAACCGUCGCCGACGACUUUUUCGACAUGGAAGGUUCACUAGAGGAUCUGGAAAAGCUUACCGAUGCGGUUCAAAGGUGGGACGGUGAAGGAUUGAGCGGGCACGCCAAGACCAUAUUCGAAGCCCUCGACGAUCUUGUCACCAACUUCCGAGCUAAAUGCUUCCAACAAUCGGGGAAGGACGUCAAGGAAAAUCUUCGACGCAUGUGGGGGGAGACAUUCCAGUCAUGGCUGACGGAGGCGAAGUGGAGCAGAAGCGGAGGCGCGCCACCGACAUACGAGUACCUCGACGUGGGCAUGGUGUCGGUUGGAGCACACACCACAGUCCUUCCAUCUUUGUGCCUCACAAGCCCCGCGACCGCAUUGCAUCAGCUGUGGCCCGAUCCCUGCCAUCCCAUCACUCGGUUGCUCAUGGUCAUCACUCGGUUGCUCAAUGACAUCCAAAGCUACCGGAAAGAAGAAAAGGAAGGGAAAUUGAACUUUGUGCUACUCUACCUAAAGGAAAACCCCAAAGCCAACAUUGAGGACUCCAUCAAAUUUGUGCAAUUGCUGAUCAACCAGAAGAAGAAAGAGUUCCUCCAACACGUCCUCGACGAGCACUCCGACUUGCCGGGACCGAGCAGGAUGCUGCACCUCUCGUGCUUGAAAGUGUUCUACAUGUUCUUCAACUCCUCCAACCACUACGACUCAGACACGGACAUGCUACACGACAUCCACAAGGCACUCGUCAUCCCGCCGCUGGUCCCCAAAUUGAAGCCCCUUAGGCAUUUGCCGGAGACACCAGGACCGAAGCCAUGGGAGUUUGCAACCAAGAACUGGUCUGGCCAAUUCAGCCUCGAUUGUUUCCCAAGGAAGAGCUUUAUCGGGCAUCGAACGUCUUCCUACAGUAGUCCGGCGAAGAGAUGGGAGAAGAUGUACAAGCCAUCUAGUUUUAGGUUAUGCUUCGCCUAGUUAUAGCGAUGGCAUAUAUUUGGUUACUAUAAUUGUUACAGUUGUUGCAAUUAUAGGUUAUUAAUGGCUCAACAUUAGUGAGACAUCUCUUCGGUUCACAUGCAGUAGUUAUGACUUUUCGAA